UCAGCUUGAAGUUCACAAGCCGUUUUCGGCUUCUGUUUCGGAAUGCCAACCUAUGGACUUUGUUUGCUAGGCACUACAGUUUUAAAGCCCUUGUAUUUUAACAUAAAGGAGUGGUUCUCUGGCUAGAUAUCCAACUAAUUUAACAUGUAUUAGAAGGAUUUAACAUGUAUUAGAAGGUUCCAGUCGUGUUAUAUGCAAGUCAGUGCUCCCAACUAGAUCAAAACAUGUUGUGUGGGAGGACUUUUUUUUUCUUCUGUUGAUUUGGCUCUUGACAAUAUGGCUUUGUUUUAUAACCACUUGAGCUGCUUACCUAGACUGCAUUUUUGGCCCCAUGCUGUCCAGUUACAAUCUUGACCAGGUCUACAUGUCUCAUAAAGAUAAAGGAUAUGUGGUGCGGAUCCGUGGUUUGCCUUGGGCCUGCACACAAGAGGAAGUGGCCUCCUUUUUCUCUGAUUGUGACAUUGUGGGGAAAGUGAAUGGAGUGUGUUUUACCUUCUCCUCCAAUGAGGGAAGGCCGAGUGGAGAGGCAUUUGUGGAGCUAAAGACAUCAGUAGACAUUAAAAAGGCUCUGGCUAAAGACCGCAAAUACAUGGGACAUCGUUACAUCGAAGUGUUCAAGUCCAACCGCAGGGAGAUGGAUCUGGUGCUAAAACAAAGUGGCCCAAAAGACUACGAUAGCUGCAUUGGCUGCAUGUUACGGCUAAGAGGACUGCCUUUCGGCUGCAGUAAAGAAGAAAUUGUACAGUUCUUUUCAGGGUUGAAAAUCGUGCCAAAUGGGAUAACAUUGCCGAUGGACUACCAGGGGAGGAGCACAGGGGAAGCCUUCGUGCAGUUUGCCUCAAAGGAGAUAGCAGAAAAGGCCCUGGGGAAACACAAGGAAAGAAUAGGGCACAGGUACGUAGAGAUUUUCAAGAGCAGCCGAAAUGAAAUGGGCAUGUACUACGAAGUACCCAGGAGAAUGAUGGCACAGAGGCCUAGUCCAUAUGACAGACGUAUUAUGGGACGCGGGGGCUUCUUCGGGCCUGGAAGGGGAGAUGCUGUCUUGGACCAGAUGCGCAGUGGAGGCGGUUACGGUGGUGGAUAUGGUGGGUUUGACAGUUACAAUGGCUUCAAGGACCGCUUUGGUAAUGGAAUGUUUGAGGAGCGCAUGCGGGGUGAUAGAAGAAGAGGAACGGGGGGUCAAGGUUACAGCGGCGAUUCAAAUUCUGGCUUUCACAGCGGCCAUUUUGUUCACAUGAGAGGCCUUCCCUUUCGUGCUACAGACGCAGAUGUUGCAAAUUUCUUUGCUCCUUUAAUUCCUGUGAGAGUGCACAUUGAUGUAGGGCCCAAUGGAAAGUCUACAGGAGAGGCAGACGUUGAGUUUGGAUCUCAUGAAGAUGCUAUGUCUGCCAUGUCAAAAGACAAGAAUCAUAUGCAGCAUCGUUACAUAGAGCUUUUCUUGAAUUCAGCUUCAAGUGAGCCAUUUGAAAUGGGUCGCACAGGAGGUUUCUAUGGCAACUCUGGAGGCAUGGGUUCUCGAGGAAGUGGAUUAAGAAGAAUGCUCUGAGGAUGAUUACAAUUAAUGCAUAAACUUUUGAACCCAAUGUUGGAGCUUCCAACUUGGAAGGUCGUUUUGUACAAAUGAUUUCACAUGUUCAUAUAAAAUAUGCCCAAAAUAUUUUCUAAGCUCAAAGACAUUUUUGAGUAAAUCUGUAUCUAUCUAUUCAUAUAUAUCUAUCUAUCUAUAUAUAUAUAGAUAGAUAGAUAUAUAUAUUUAAACUGCUGCAUAGCUUGACCAGCUACUGAACAUUUUGCUCGUCAAAUUUUAUAUUAAAUAUAUCUGUUUAAGAUGUUAGUAAAAAGAUAUGUGCUUUGUAUGUGUUUUGACUCAAAAUUGAGUAUGAAUAGCUCGAUCAAUAAAUUGUGUGUGA